AUGCAAGAAUUAUUUCGAUAUUUAUUUUUGAUUAUUUUUGCAUUAUUCGUUCUAUCUUUUCAUCAUAUUGAAUGUCGAAGUGCAUUACCACAAAAUAUAGAUCGUUUAAAAAGUUCAUUAAAACAUAUUGAUUAUAAAAAUCUUUGCAUGUUUCGAAAAAAUCGUCUAUGCAAUUUUCUACAUGAAAUGAAUAAUGCUACAUCUGAUGAAACAAAACAAGAUCAAGAACUGUGGAAACGUGGUCUUAGUCAAUUCUACAGCAUUCUGGGAAAAGCUCCAAGUGAAGCACUAACGCAGCACGGUAUAGCACUUGCCAAGUUGCCAGAUUUUGGUUCAUUGGCAAUGUCCAAAUGCGUCUUAGCUUCACUGCAAAACUAUAAUUGUGGUCGUGAUAUGAUAUCUCUUUCAUCUAUUCUAAGCGUUUUGAAUACUACUGUAGUAUUGAAAGGUAUACCACAACAUUUCAAAAGUUCAGAUGGCGACUUUAUGACAUUAUUAAAUGUAAUGGAUCAAAUAUUACUUGUUAAGCAAUCUGUACCAUCGAAAGAUUUUCGUUUAGAAAGAGUUUGUAAAGCGAAAGGUUUGACCGGUAUUCAACAUAUUUUAAAACAAGCAUUGAGACGUCAAACAAAUUUAGAAAAAGCAUUUAAUUUAUCUGUGGAUUAUCGUACAAAAGCACAAAUUAAAUCAAACGAUUGGGAAUUAAUUGCCAAAUCACUAUUAGCUGGAUAUUCUAGUAAUGUAUUUGCAUCAAUGAAGGAACUACAAGAUAGAUCUCAGCUUUAUAUUCGAUACAAUAAUUCAGCAGAUAAAGAUAUUGCCGAAUUAGAUUCACAGUCCGUUCUAGCUCGAGCAACCACCAAAGAUCCUCCAUCCUUCGUUUUAGUUCGAGAUAUUCGUUAUUCGACGUCAGUCCGUUCGAAAGCUUUACUUUCAUUUGUUGGUGAGAUUAAACCUGAAUGGGUUGAGUAUGGAAUUACGCGUCAAUUAAAAUUAACUUCUGAAGAAGAAAAUCGUCUAAACAGCAACAAUAUAUUUCAAAAUGCUCUAGCGAAAUUCUCUCAUCGAAUUAGCAUGCUUUUGAAUAAUACAGCUAAAGCUGCUAUCCUAUCGGGCCCAGCAGGCACUGUUUUCACCUCUGAACUACAUCUUCGACAAAACAUGGUAGAAGAAUUUCACUUUCAAUUAGAAAAUAAAAAUACGCCUAAAUCAACACAAUAUACGAAUCUAGCUCGAAAUUUGGAAAGUGUGAUGAAAAUGCCGCAGAUAUUUAGACCAAUGCAAUGGCGUUGGCAAAAUCAAAAACAAGUGAUCAUAACAGUUAACUGUAAUACAUCAACAAAGACUUGUGAUAUAACAGUGAACGCAAGAAAUUCAGAAUAUCAAAAUGUGAAAAAAGAAUUCGAUUCAUUUUUGAGAUGGUUACAGGAUUGUGCUGUCAUUCGACACCCGAAUUCGGGUGUGUCUCCGCGCGUUUUCCGUCCUCAGGUGCGAUCUAAAUAUCUUGAUAUUGAAGAACGAAUUGCUCACAUUACCGAUAGUAAACGAACACCUAUCGACUUAUACAAUGGUGCAAAAGGCACGCAAGCAACGCGUGAAACGCGAAUGGAAGUCGUGGCUUGGAUAGCUGUGUGUAUUUUUUCAUGUAAACUUGAAGGUGGUUUUGUACGCGAUUGGGUUGUCGGCAACUAUACGGCACGACCACAAAACCUUCUAGGAAAUCCGAAAGCAUGGAUUUCAUAUACUAACUCGAUACCAUAUAUUGACAAAGAAGUUGUUCCGGCUGAUUUAGAUUGUCAUUUGCCUACACACGCUUACUUUGAUAUUGAAAAAUUUCAUGAUGAAUUAUAUAAGUACGAUAUCACAUGUAAAGUUUUUCGACAAGAUUGGCGCUAUGUAUUGCUGAUAGAUGAAGAUGCUCCAACGGGUCCAUUUACAAUGGACUUGAUUGAGCCGCAUGUCGCAUUAACUCAUGACCGUAUUGAUUUCGAUGUGAAUAAUUUGUCAUUAGAAAAAGAUUACACACACGAAUUAGGUAUGCGGGUCGAUAUUCAGCAACGACCGUAUUUGAUUGAACUUGAAGCGAUUGUCGAUAAUAUUAAAAACAAACGCUUUCAGAUACUUCGCCCAAUCGAUGAUCUUGUUCAAAUACGCGUUGACAAGAUGACAAAGAUUCGACAAUGGACACAAUUGGGACAACCGUUUUCAGUGGUGCCAAGUCCGAAUCCAAAAUAUUCUGCCGUUCUCGUACCAUUGCCACGAUCAACAAACUUGUAUCAAGAUAUAGAAACGGACAUGAAAAAAAAAAUUGGCAAUUCAGUUCAAAUUGUUUCCAUUGAACAAGUGAAAAAUCCUCUGCUAGAGGAUGCAUAUGAAUCUAUGAAAAAGUUAAUUGCUAAACAAUGUAAAAGUUUUAAUCCGAACGAACUGCCACUAUAUCAUGGUACCAAAGGACCUGGUAUCGAUGGUAUCAGAGAUGAUGGUUAUGACGAUCGUUAUUUCAAUGAAAACGGCAAUUGGGGUGAGUGA